UCUCACAAUAUAUACCACAUACAUACACAAACACAGAGUCCUGAUAUCAAUCCAGAGAGGAAACCGACCAAGGAAUGUCCCGUCUCGCUCUGUCCUCCGCCGACAAACUAGCUCGAGAUUGGUUUGUCGAAACGAUGAAGGAACUUGGUUGUGAUGUGAAGAUUGAUACUAUGGGUACUCCCUCCCGGUUCUCCUUUUUCUCCUCUUUUCCUAUCUGAUACCAUCGCAUCAAUCUGUCAAACAUCAUGCAAUAAUAACAAUAUAACAAAAGGUAUUAUAUUCGCCAUACGACCCGGAAGGAAAGAUGCUCCGGCUACGUAUGCGGGUAGUCAUUUAGAUACACAGGUAUAUCCCCAAGCCUCCCAUCCAAAGACAAAUAGAAUUUUAUAAUGCGUUAUGAUUAAUGAGAUUACAGCCAACGGGAGGACGAUACGAUGGAAUAUUAGGUGUCCAUGCAGGGAUUGAAGCGUUGAGAACUAUGAAUGAUUUGGGGAUUGAAACGGAAUAUCCUACCGGUGUUAUUAAUGUUUGUUAUAUUUCGAUUUCAGGAUAUACAUUGACGAACUAACUUCUGAAUAGUGGACAAACGGUACUUCUCCCUCUUUCACCAUAUCGGUCCCUCACUUACCCUUCCUCUAACACCCCACAGAAGAAGGAGCGCGCUUCCCCGUCUCCAUGAUAUCAUCCGGUGUUUGGGCCAAUGACAUACCUCUUCUCUCUGCGCACAACCUCCGCGAGAUAAAUGGUCCCGCAACCAUGAAAUCAGAAUUAGAAAGAAUUGGAUAUCUCGGUUCGAUUCCCGUGUCAUAUCAAGCAAAUCCAAUCGGUGCACAUUUCGAGCUUCACAUCGAACAAGGACCGAUCCUUGAGAAGAGCAAGACCCGUAUCGGAGCUGUAACGGGCGUGCAGGCUUAUCGAUGGCAUACACUUACGGUGAGGGGAAGCGACUGUCACACUGGUAUGUUUUAUUGUACCGAAAUCUUGGUGAUGAUAUUUUGGAUGUAGAUGAAACAAGAUAUGACGGGUUACAGGUACAACGGAUUUUGAAAAUCGUUCAGAUGCUAUGCUUACUGCAGCAAAACUCAUCCUUCAUAGCCAUAAUAAGGCUUCUGAGAUGGGUUGCCUAGCAUCCACAGGUAGCUAGUCCCUUCCUCGUGAGAUUUUAAUACGAUUUGCUUAUGUGUCCUAGGAAUUCUCAAUCUGAAGCCUGGCUCUACUAAUACCGUUCCGGGGUUCGUACAUUUCUCACUUGAUAUUAGAUGUUCAGAGGACGAAAGACUUUUGGCCUUUGAGAAAGAACUCAAAAAAUAUUUCGAGUUGAUCGCUGCUGGGGCGCAAAUGACGACCCUUGGGGCAAGCGGAAAGAGAGGGAAAGGCUGUACGUUGGACUGGCAAGUGGAUACAGAUUCUCCAGCUACUCACUUCAACAAAGACUGCAUCAGAUGCGUGGAAGAAAGUGCCGGAGACUUAAUUGAAACAACGACUUCUAGUGCUGGGAAUCAGCCAGGAGCCGUUUCAAACACUUAUAUGAGAAUGGUAUCAGGCGCUGGACAUGAUAGGUAAGAAUGUUAAUCAGAUGAUAAGGGCCUCGCUGAAUAAAAUGCAGUGUUUAUACUUCGAGACAUGCUCCAACCUCUAUGUAAGCUUUACCUUUCUACCACGCCUACUUACGACUGACCCCGACUAGGAUCUUUGUACCUUGUAGAGACGGCAUAAGUCAUAAUCCGGCCGAAUAUUGUAGCCCAGAAGACUGCGGAAAUGGAGCACAAGUCUUGCUUGGAGCGAUGUUGAGAUAUGAUCGACUGAGAGCUUCAAGGGAAGCCUGAAUAAACCAUGAAAAGCAGAAACCAUAGGUACCAAGAGUCUCAUCAACUGUAA